GCCAUUCGAUACCGAACACUGUGGCUGCACAUACGCACCCCCGUUCAGAUUGAAGUUAAUAAAUUAGCAAAAUAAUCUUUAGACGCAACAAAAUUCGCCGUUUACCACUACCGCCGCCCAGUCGCUGCAGCUCGUCGUGCCGUUCCGUUGUUGCAUUUCCUCUAUUUUUUUUCACCGAUUUGCCAAAUACGCCGUCGAUGUGCGCUAGGGAUGUGCAAAAAAGUAUCGACUGCGGAAAGCAACUCGUCAAGCAACCUUGCUCGUUAUCGCUACAGUACGCAGGGAAAAAAUAAAAUUAGCAACAAAAGCGUUUAUAGCAGCCAAGUAACAGUGCUAGACGGCGCCGAAAUAUCACAUCUUGGCUAGAACACGCCUCGCCCGCCCAUCCGCGACCAUCGCAGCAGGAUCCUCCGAUCGGAAAGUUGUUAAAUCCGGGGAAAAUCGGCCGAAGCAAAAAGAAGCAGCCGAAGCAAGAGCAGCAGCAGCAGUAGCAAGCAGCACAGCAGAAACGGGCGAAAGAGGAAACAGAAGAGAAAAGAAGCAAAAACGCCAGGUUUGAACGACUGCUAAAAAAAAGUGUCCUGGUGGUCAACUGGUACUCGGACUGCUCCUUCUGGCCUCCCGGCAAUCGGACACAAACCGACCACAACGGCAAUCGGCGGUUGGCAAUUGGCAAUUGGCGAUCCACAUCCAAUCGACGUUAUUAUGAACAACAAUAGCAAGCGGAAAACCCGACCCACUGGCGGCGGUGCCAGCGGCGGCAUCUCAAGAUACAACUCCAACGAUAACAGCCUAAGGCCCGCUAACAACAAGGCAAGUGCAGGAGGCGGGAACGGAGGCGGAGCAGUGCGUCCGGCGGCGCAGGGCGUCUACAACAACACGUUUUUCAUGCACUCGGCCACGGCGCUGGUGGGCAGCGUGGUGGAGGUGCGCCUGCGGUCGGGCAAUAUCUACGAGGGAGUAUUCCGCACAUUCUCGGGCAAUUUUGACAUCGCACUGGAGCUACCGGCGUGCAUUAAGUCCAAGAAUCUGCCGGAGGAGGGCAAGGUGCCAAAACACAUUAUAUUCCCGGCCGACACCGUGGUGACCAUCGUGGCCAAGGACUUUGACUCGCAAUACGCCACCGCAGGCGCUUUUCAGACGGAUGGCGCCAUUUCUGACAAGUGCAACGGUGCGCGUCCGGACGAGAAGGAAUUGGAACCAUGGGAUUCUGGCGCUAAUGGCGACAUUGACAUAGAAUUGGAUAGUGCCGCCAACGGCUGGGAUCCCAACGAGAUGUUCCGCAAGAAUGAGAACACGUUUGGUGUGACCUCCACAUUUGAUGAUUCUCUGGCUUCGUACACGGUACCGCUGGACAAGGGUGAUUCCCUGGAAUUCAAAGAGGCCGAAGCCAAGGCAGAAAAGCUGGCUGCCGAGAUCGAAAAUAAUCCGACGUGCCGUGACCGUCUGGACUUGGAGAAUGGUGACGAGGAGGCGCUCUUCGCGGCCGUGGAGCGUCCGUCGACGGAGCAGGAUCAACGCGGAGAUCGUGGCGACCGCGAACGCAACGAUCGGGAUAGGGAGCGCGAGGAGCGGGACAGGGACCGUGAUCGCGAUCGCGGUAACAAGCCCCGUGGCGCUGGUGACUUCCAGUUGAGGGAGACCAUGAGUAGCGACCGCUACAUCACAAAACAGACGCGCAGUAUCACCGGACCGCAGCUAUCGCAUGUUGGCAUGUCCUCGCAGGGCAGCGGACGCGAUCGUGACACUCGUGGCGAUGGCAGCCUGAUGAUGCAAAGUGGCGGCGGGUCGGGCCAAGGCGGCUCCACGCAGUCGACGGCAGCACUUAUGCUGGCCGGCGGCCUGAAGGGCGUGGGCCCGGCCCCCUCAACAAACGCGCCCGCGGACUCGUCCAGCAAGUAUAGCGGCGGUUCGAUGGUAAAGCGCAAGACGGUGCCCCAGGGCGGCAAGGUGAUGCGCAACAAUGUGCCUACAGGUGGCAGCAACGUUUCCGUGUCGCAGGGCGGCAACGGCAACUCUGUGGGCCAGAACAAGGGCGGCUACCAGCCGUCGAUGGGCAUGCCGAGUCAAUACUCCUACCAGGGUAACUCGCAAAUUAUGCAUGGGUCUUCUCAGUACCGCAACCAAUCUCACAUGGGCGGCGCAAAUAAGCUAAAUGGCGAUUCGAAUGCCAAUACCAACAAGCCGCUGCCACAGCGCCAGAUGCGCCAAUACCAGGGCUCUCAGAGCAACUCGUCGCUGAACUACGGAGGUGAACCCCAGUCGCUGGGUAAGCCCGUGCACGGCUCCCAUGGAGGCCAUCCCGGGCAAAAUAGCAACUCGCCGCCGCUGCAGACGGCCGGGCCACAGCAGCAACAGCAGCAGCAGCAACAACAGCCGCCGCAGCAACAGCAGCAUCAGAACAUGCAGCCACAAGGGCAAAACUCGCAACCAGCGCGUCAGGUGCGCACGCGCGAUAACCAAAUGCAGGAACUGCGGCAGUUUGGCCAGGACUUCCAACUGGCCCCGAGCAACACUUCACCGCCCCAGCAGCAACAACAGCAGCAGCAGCAGCAAGUGCAGCAGCAGCAACAGCGAGCGUUGCAACAAUCUGCCUCGCCACCGCAACAGCAGCAGCAGCAACAACAGCAGCACGUGGUCCUGCACCAAGUGCCGCAGACGCACCUGCACCAAGCGGCCCUAUCACAGCCACACUAUGUGCCUCAGCAGCAGCCUCAGCAGGCGCCGCCUCCACAGCAGCAACAUGUGCCGCAUCACAUGCAACAGAAGGCCCAGCAGCAGCAAUUGGUGGAGACCCAGCAUCAGCACGUGCAGAAGCAGCACCAGUCGCAGCCACAAGUGCAGCAGCCGCCGCCACAGCUGCUUCAGGAUCCAUCACAACAGCCGUUGCCAAUUUACCAUACAAUGCCGCCGCCACAGACUUCACCCGUAGUUGUUACUUCGCCGGUUCUGCUGGAGCAGCCUCCGCCACAACCCAUGCCGGUGGUGCAGCAACAGCAGACACAGCAGAUUGCCACGCCCAAACCUGAAGUCUCGCCGGCACCAAGCAGCAACACCACCACACCUACUGGCAUAGCCAGUACGCCUACAGCAGGGGUCAUUGCCAGUGCUGGAUCUGAGAAAACCACGCCGGCAGCACCCACUCCGACGAGCAAUUCCGCAACGGUGCCUACAGGAACGGCCGCCACUGCUGGAGGCGCCACGGGAACCACUCCGGUGGUUAAGAAGCAUGUGCUCAACCCAUCAGCCAAGCCAUUUACACCCCGCGGGCCCAGCACCCCGAAUCCAUCACGCCCGCACACCCCACAGACGCCUGUGCCCAUGACGAACAUUUACACAACCACGGGAGGACAUGUACCGCCGGCGGCCAGCCAGCAGAUCUACGUGGUGCCACCGCAUCCAUUCCCGCCUCAGACACACCCACAGGCCGGACAGCCACCGCGCCUACGUCGUAGUAAUUACCCUCCAAUGGCCGCAUCGCAGAUGCACGUAUCGGCAUCCGCGGCCACGGGUCAGCCGUUGAUAACAGCCGGCCCGAUACCGCAAUUCAUCCAGUACGGCCAUGCACCACACCAGCAACAAUUCCAAUCGCAUACGUACGCGCCGAUGCAGAUGCGCGUGUACCCGGACCAGCCGCAGCAGUUGCAGUUCGUGGCCCAGACGCCACAGUCGACCACACCGUCGCCGGGCCAGCCGCACCAGCAGUUCCAUCCGCCGCCACAGCCAUCCCCCGCCGGCGGGGGACCACAACCGGCGUUCACGCCGCCCACACAGGCAACCACUUACCAGCUGAUGUGCGUGCACCCCCAAUCGCUCUUAGCCAAUCACUAUUUCCCGCCGCCGACGCCGCAGCAUCCGCAGCAGAAUCAACAACAGUAUCAGAUCGUGAUGCAGCAGCAUCAGCCGCAGUGAGACAUCGCCAGCUGGGGAAUGGCGCACGGGAAGGUGGCGAGCUGGAAGGCGGGGGGAACAGGCGGCCCCUCCUUGUUAAUGUCGCCGUAGCGAGUGGGAGCUACGCUGCGGGCAGUCGUCAUCAAGCAACAGUUACACAUAUACAGACACAACACGCAACAUGAAGCACUCACCUUAACCACACCCGCAUCCGCAUCUGAAUCUGCACCUGCAUCAGCAUCCGCAUCCGUAUUCUCAUCAAACUUUUGAGUAAACGCGCGGCUUUCGUUGUCGCUCCAAGCGAUUUUCGCCCACAAUUCACACAUCCAGCCACAUCCUUAUGCCAUGUGCACGAGCGGCCCAUCCUGUAGCACAUCUCUCACAGACCGAAAACACCAACAACAACAACAACAACUAGGAAAUUAUAAAAUACAAUUAAAACAAAAGGAAACUAGUAAAUUUUUUUGAAAUCGCAAGACUUCUACAGCGCACGGAAGCCAAACACAACAACCGCAAAACAUAAAGAAACAAAACAAACAAAAAACAAACAAACAAUCACUGAAAACACCAAAACGUAUAAGAAAGCAAAUGCAAAAAUAAGAAAAAACAAAAUAAUUUAGAAAGCUAAAAGCAACUGUCGAAUCAAUUAUAAUACGAGAACAAUGAGCGUUUGUAGGAAGCGUUUCCUGCCCCGCACAAGUCCUGUAAGUCGAGGCGAAAAUUCCAAAACCCGAUUGGCUACCAAAUUGAUACAAUUACAUUGUAAAACCGAAACGCAAAUGAAGUAGAAUCAAAAACCUAGGGAGUUGAACAUGCGAAAGACGUCGAGUUAAGGAUAAUAAGAGCGAAAUUUUGUAAAAUUGUUUUAAACAUAAUAAUUUGAUGCACUUCUGCGCUCCCGCUAUCUAUAGUUUUAUGCGCUUUGGCAAUCGACCGGCAAUCCCAAACCCCUCCCCAAAAAAAAGCCAAAA